AAGUUCAACAUCGGCCCCUUGGCCAAAGCUUUACAUUUAGUCUGUGCAGUACGGCAACGGACACAAGUCCUACAUUUGACGCAUCGGCAGCUUUCGCCCUUGCGUCCUUGUACAUAUAUUGAAAUGGCAGCAAUUGAUUGGCUUCCGGUUGUGCGUGCCGGCAUGGUCUCCAUGUGGAUUGAAUUGUCUUUCAUGAUCUUCUUUGCGUUGGGUUUCGUGCUGCUGCGCAACGGAGUUUUCAGUUUCCUGGGACCUGGCAAUGCAAAGAAGGGUGAUUAUGGUAAGAGCUCAAGAAGAGCGGCGCAGUUUAGCAGCAAGUCGAAGAAGAUCAUUGAGGCUGAGGCCUCUUCCGGCAAUGCGAAGGAGGUGCUCAAGGCCUGGAGGCUCGGACAAGGAGCUCCAACUCCCAAGGAGCUGUUCAAAGUGGUCGUUCAAGCUUUCAUCGACGCAGAACCCGAAUCCCUUGU